UCGUCCCAGCCAAUAUCCUCAUUCCAUCUUCGCGGUCCGAUUGCAUUCGACGACAACCAUCAAACCACCACCCUUUCCUAGCUCCUGCAUACAGUACAGUACAGUUAGAGUGAUAGAGAGAUAUUAUAGAAAAGCCAUGGUGAAACUGUUGGAGCACAUUGCCAAUCGGAAUUCAGAAAAUGAAGAGUCCCUCCGAGGCCUGCGGAAACGUCGAGUCAUUGCGUAUCUCUUUGUCAUGGUCGCAUCCUUUAUCUUGUUGGGGCAGGACUGGAAAAAUCCGCUAUUGACUGUCAAUAUGAUAGAGAGUAGCAACCAUACGCACUACAAUGCUACUCAUCACAACAAUAACCACAGUUCCACCAGCAAGAACAUCAACAAAAAAGCAACAAAAGAGACAGCAGCACCAAAAGAGACAGCACCGAAAGAGACAGCAACAACAUCAUCAUUAAGAAAGACAAAGAAUGAAACCAUUCCUCCUCCACUUCCUGUAGAUCCUCCUCCACUACCUCGCAUUGCCUACAUUGCCAUGGGCCACUUGAACUCGACCGAUCGGUGGGAUGGAUGUCUUCAUCCCGCUACAGACUAUUUUGUGCCAUCGCCAGACCCCUACUAUAUUGUCAUGAACGAACAAUGGCGUGCCAAGUACGAACAACUGGUCGAAACCAACAGCACAUUUCAAAACUAUUCCAGUCGCAUUCAACCCAUCUACACCGAAUGCAUGCCCGAAACCAAAGGAUGGCCGUCGUGUUGCAAACAAGAUCAAGGAUUGGCACAUUUUUACAAGCACUACUAUUUUGAUGCUACCAAUCAAAACAAAAAGUAUGAUUGGAUCUGCUUUCAAGAUGACGACGAAUACAUUCGCCAUCGCGCCAUGCAAGAAUUCUUGCGCUAUCUUCCCAUCACCGACGAACCAAUCGUGAUUGCCUCUGAUCCUCCCGAAGGACAUCCACUGGGGAAAAGUGGAUACAUUCCCAAACAAUCGCCGUACAAAUGCCCUCGCGACAGUGACAAUUGGAAAUAUCCAUGGGGACAACCCGUCUUUUAUAAUCAAGCCGCGUUUGAAUUGCUAAUGCCAGCCUGGAAGGCAGGCGCCAUGACGAAACAAUGCAAGGAAUUUGACUUGUAUGCACACGACACCGGCAAUGCGCUGCUUCAUUGGAUGUUUGGGAUACCUGCCUUGUGGAUGCGAAAUCCCGCCAGUAUCAAAUCCGGAAUGCGCAAUGACUUUUUGGGAAUGCAUUCUGUAUCCCGAUUUGGACCACAAUCGUCCAUGAAAGCCGUGCACGAACGAUACCAGAAAAUGUCGUAUCCCUACAAUAAUGAACUGCGACCACAGUACCUGUGGUCCUCCAAUGCGACCGGUUUCAAUCAAACCAAAACCUAUCAAUUAUACGGUCAUCCAUCUACUUGGGGGGAGUCGUGGCAUAUCUUUCCCACGUCCGAUUGUCAAAAGAGUUUUGAGUAGUAGUUUAUGGUUUUGGGAAAACACAUAACAGGAUGAUGAUUCAUUGAUGCUAACAAUUGAGUUGGACGAGCGUUUGUUCAUCCAUGCUCGCAUCACAUUGUGUGUCAUCUGACAAGGCUCGAAUUGAUCAACUGAGUGGACGGUGACAUUGAGGAUCCGAGGGACGAACUAGGGAAACUGCUCCAUCGAACAAUGAAGGCAACGACUGCACUAAACCUCAUAGAGGCAGCAGUCCAGGUGCCUAAUGACAGUUAGCUAGUUGCUACAGUGGUUGUUAAUAAAAGCAUACAAGAAAUCAAUGACUAUUAUAUGGCUAUUGCCGUCUACAGCUAUAGAUUUUGGCAUCAUCAUUUCUUCCA